AUGAGUAUAUAUCACGGAUACUAUAAGUCAGCAUACAAAUGGCUCUUGGAUUAGACCCAGGAGGUCGGACACGGUUCGCAAAAAUAUCAAUGGCUAUCAUCGAUGAACUGACUCAGGUAUACAGAGAUUUAUUGCAACGACAUGUACCAGCAAAUCACAUUUUCAACAAAGUUAAAGCAUCCCAAGACGUUUUUAAAAAGCUUAGCACAGAUCAGAUAUUGAUCUUAAAGGAUGCCUGUACAAACGGUUAUGCCGAUUUUGACAUAACAUUGAUGUAUACAUUAUUAAGGAAUGUAUGCACAAAUAUCCCAGCACCGACAAAAAAAUGGGGAACUCCUCCAGGAACUGGAGAAGUCGGCAUUGGUGAUGAUAUAGAGAGAGUAAGAAUAGUCCGAAACAAAGUGCAUGGCCAUGUCAAAUCAGCAUCUAUGUCGAAGAAUGAAUUUGAAGACAACUGGAGAAUGAUUUCUGACAUAUGCCGAAGGCUUCAAUCUCACACAGGGGGUUCGUACACUAGUAAUCUACAGAAUAUACUUGAGAGGACUAUUGAUGAAGAUCAAGAACGUCGAUAUAUUGAAAAAUUGAAGUUUGAUAGUGAAAAAGACAAAUCAGUCUUAGAAGAAUUAUCUUCCUUAAAAUCGGAUGUUCAGGAUUUGAAGUCGAAGAUGACAGACCUUUACAAGUGGUGUUGGCAGUUAAUCUUCAAAGUUAAUGUCCUCCCAAGAAAUGAAUCAACUGAAGCAAAAGACAAUGUUGAUAGAAUGAUGGAAACUCUAAAAAAAACUCUGAAUAGAAUGGUAGACUUCAUUGACAAGGAAACAAAAGUUCAAGACAUUUCCAGGAUUGAAGAUAAUAUAACAGCCUUUUUAGAUUCUUCAGGGAAGGAAGAUAUUGUCUUCCUCAACGAUUUACUAGAUAAAUUCGAAGAAAAGAUUGAACUCGCCUUUAACGAUCAAAACGAUGUUCGAAUUGGCAUUAUGAGUAGAUUUGCACAUUUUGUUAUUAUCGUUAAGAAAAAGUAUCAGGCAAAAUUUAGUGUUGAUAUUGGGAGCCUUAUUAUAACCUUCCAUUUUGAGUCGUUACAAGGAUUUCAGAAAUUUAAAGAAGAUUGGAAAAGUUGUCUUAUUCAAGAGGAAGUGAAAAAAGUUGUUCAUUGUGAACCAUUCCUACGGUUAUUCAUGAUCAAAAAGGAAGAUAUGAAAGUAGAACUCGAGGAAUGUACAGAUAUGGAAAAAGAUGAAGGGGAGGACAUUCAAGGAGAAAGGGUGAAAAAGAAGGAAAUGGUAGAAAAGGAAAGGAAGAAGGAAGAUACAACGCAAAGAAAAGACAAUUUCUGGACACGGGGAAUAGUUCGUUUACGCAAUGCAUUGUCUACUCCCUAUUUGGUACCGAUUCCAGCCAAUUCGAACCCUGAACCUGAAGGGGAGGAGAUACAAGAAGAAAGGAUGAAAAAGGUAGAAAAGAAAAGGAGGAAGGAAGAUACAAGGGAAAGAAAAGGCAAUAUCGUGACACGGAGCCUAGUUCGUUUACGCCAUGCAUUCUCUACUCCCAAUCUGGCAAUCAUUUUGGACUCUGAACCCAGCACAGCCAAUUCGAGCCCUGAAACCAGCAGAGCCCAUCUGGAUUCUGGACCAAACAUAACCAUUUUGGACUCUGAACCCAGCACAGCCAAUUCGAGUCCAGGACCUAGAAGACACAAUUCAAGCCCUGAAACUAGCGGAGCCCAUCUGAGUUUUGAUCCUAGCAUAACCAUUCUGAGCUCUGAACCCAGCACAACCAAUUCGAGCCCAGAACAUAGAAGAGCCAGUUCAAGCCCUGAAACCAGCAAAGCCCAUCUGGUUUCUAAUCCCAGCAUAACCAUUCUGAGCUCUGAACCAAGCACAGCCAAUCCUAGUCUCAUCACAGCCCAUCUUAUCCCUGAACCUAGCACAAUCAACCAAUGGCAGUUGGAAGAGAAUGAAGGGUUCAAUUUAUCAGCCUCACCCUUAUCUGUAGGCAAAGUGAGCCCUCCACCCACCAUGACCAAUCUAAUCUUUGAGCCUACAAUUGGCAAUCUGAGUCCUAAACCUGUCACAACUGUUCCAAGCCCUACCCUAACUACAGUUAAUUCAAGCCCUACAAUCACCACAGUCAAUUCAAGCCCUCUACCCACUAUAGCCAGUCUAAACCCUGGACCAAUCCCAACCCGACCAAGACUUAGACCAUUGGUAAAGAUUGGAGGAAGCAAUGUCUUAGCCUCAGCCAGUCCAAUAUCUAGACCUGUCAGAGCUAAACCAAUCCCAAAAUACAUUACAACUAAUCUACCCCCAAGACCUACUACAGCUAAAUUAGGCACUAAAUACACCACAAGCAAUCCAAGCUGUAAACCUGCCACAGCCAAUCUGAGCAUUAGACAGUGGGUCAUGAUUGGAGGGAUCAAAAUAUCAGUUGUGGAAGGACAACUCAUUGAUGAACAGGUUGAUGUUUAUGUGAAUGGAGUGCACUCUAGCUUUGACCUGAGUAGAAUUCCUAGUAAGAAAUUAAGUGAUGCUGCAGGACCAGCAUUGGAAGCUGACUGCAAGAAGAGAUUUCCUAAUGGCCUAAAAAUAGGAGACAUUGCAGACACAGGGGGCUUUAAUUCCAAUUGCCAGAGAGUGUAUCAUGUGACCCUUCCCAGAAGUCAACAGGAUGGCAGCCAGAACAAGAAUUUAACACAAUCAGUAAAGGACUGCCUUGAGAGAGCCAAUAAAAACAGCUUCACCUCCAUUGCUGUACCAGAUCUGGGGUCCCCCAUUGGGUACCCUCCCAGUAUCCUGGCAGACCUGAUGUUUACAGCGGUGGAGGAGUUCAGUAAAGGGAAAACCAACCCCAAUCUCAGCCAAGUGGUGUUCUCCAUCUUCAAAAAUCAAGUUUAUACGGCAUUUGUUAACAAAGCAAAGGAAAUAUACAGACAAAAAUCAGUUAUCUCACAGAAGAAGAAAUUUAAAUUUGGAAGGGUAGAGGUCUGGUUGGAGGUUGGAGAUUUAACACAACAACAUGUUGAUGUAAUUGUUUGUAGUGGACCAAAAGAUCUGAGACUGAAAAAUAAAGGAAUGGCAGAGACCAUGCUGAUGGCUGCAGGGCCUAAACUUCAGAAAGACUGUGAUGAUAAAUAUCCAAAUGGAAUCAAGCAUGGAGAUAUUGCCAUCACUGGUGGCCAUGAUUUGCAUUGCAGAUUUGUGUAUAUUGGGGCUCUCCCUAAAUGGGGCACAUCUACUAAAGCAAAACAGAUCUUGAAAGACUUAGUCAUCAACUGUCUAGAUGAGGCCAAUAAACAUCCCAUGACAAAGACCCUUGCUUUCCCCACCCUGGGGACGGGGUCUCUGGAAUACCCCCCUGAUGAAGUGGCUGAGGUCAUGGCAGAGUGCAUUAAAGACUUCAACAAAAAAUAUCCCAAAACUGAACUCACCAGAAUCACCAUUGUAGCUUACAACCUGGACAAGAAAUGGCAAACUGUUCAACAGAGUUUCAAGUCCAACUGCUACUUUUCUCUUACUUUAUACAAACACAAACCUGUAGAGCUUAUACAGUCUCGACUGAAACAUCUGGUUGCUGUAUAUACAUGCAUUUCUGUCUUCUCUACAAAUGCCAACACCCAGUCUCACUGCGGCAUCAAAGGACCUGCAGGAACGUCAGGAACAGUUGUAACACAUAAGAUUACCUUCAAGUUAGGAAGAAUAGAUGUCUGGUUGAAGGUUGGAAAUUUAACAGAACAACAGGUUGAUGUUAUUGUUUGUAGUGGACCAAAAGAUCUGAAGCUAAAGAAUAAAGGAAUGGCAGAGACCAUGCUGAUGGCUGCAGGGUCUAAACUUCAGAAAGACUGUGAUGAUAAAUAUCCAAAUGGAAUCCAGUAUGGAGAUAUUGCCAUCACUGGUGGCCAUGAUUUGCAUUGUCAAUUUGUGUACCAUGGGGCUCUCCCCAAGUGGGGCACAUCCGGUACAUCUACACCAAAACAGAUCUUGAAAGACUUUGUCACCAACUGUCUGGAGGAGGCCAAUAAACAUCCCAUGACAAAGACUCUUGCUUUCCCCACCCUGGGGACCGGGUCUCUGGAAUACCCCCCUGAUGAAGUGGCAGAGGUCAUGGCAGAGUGCAUUGAAGACUUUAACAAAAAAUAUCCCAAAACUGAACUCACCAGAAUCACCAUUGUAGUUUACAGUAUGGACCAGAAAUGGCAAACUGUUCAACAGGCAUUUCGUUCUGCUCUACAAAUAUUCACACCCACACGACCUGUAUCUUCAAAAACAGCUUCCAGCUCAAAACCAUUGAAUUCCAAACAGUAUUUUGAAGAUCUCUAUCAUAAAAAACCAAUGCCUCCCUCCUACUGGACAAAAUACACAUCCAGUAAAACCCUUGCUGAUUGGAACACCACUGUAUCACAAAAAGCACAUGAACAAGUGGAUUUAAAUCCCAGCAACCCUAUAUACAAAGCUAUAAAAAAAUUGGCUUUGACAACAUGGAAAUCACAGUAUGUAGGACAUGGAGUAGACUCUGCUGGUUUAGCUGGGUUAAAUUACACCAAUAUUAGGAUAACUGGAAUAAAACGACUGGAAAAUCCACAUCUUUUUGAGGAAUAUUGGAAGUACAGAGAGAAACUUUUUUUAAGAGCAUCCAAAAAAGGUGUGUUGAAGCCACUUCAGCAAAUUUCACAAGCCAAAAAUGGUGAAGUGUUGACAACAAAGAUGGCUGAUCCUUUACUGAAGACGGAGAUAUAUCCAGGGAUUAAUGAGCAUUACCUGUUUCAUGGGACAGAGAAAAAAUACAUUGAAAACAUCCUGACCCAGGGACUGGAUGGAAGGCUUGCCAAUAGUCCUUUCUUUGGGAAAGGUGUGUACUGUGCAGAAAGUUCCACCAAGUCAGAUCAGUAUGCAGAUCCCAAACAGAACAGGGAUUUGCAGGAGAAACAGAUGUUGUUAGUGAGAGCUUGUCUGGGGGAGAUAUUUGUCAGGACGGACACUACGACGAAGCACAACUACAGCCGGCCACCCUGCCAGUGCUGCCAUGACGACAGGUGCACCGAUGUUACCCAUAGUUCCCUAUUCUUUGACUCCAUUGUUGUGGAUGGUGGCUGGAAUUUCAGAGAAUUUAUUGUGUAUGAUAACAAAGCUUGUUAUCCUGAAUAUCUGAUCUCAUACAAGAGAAUUUAGGCACUUGAUCAGUGUAUUGAACUUAGAUAUUAUAUAUUUCAUUAUUAUACCAUAUAAGUGGAAAUUUUAGCGAGACGCAAAUUUAGUGAUUUGUCCUUAAAAACUAUUUAUUUAUUUAAAGCGAGAUGUUAUUUUAGCGAAUUUUAAAAUGCACAUUAAAGAACCUAUAACAAAUAAAACACAAUUAAUUUUUAGCGGUAAUCAAUUUUAGUGAUCUUGGCACCAUCGCUAAUAAUGCCAAAAUUAAGUCCUCGUUAAAAAUUCUACUUAUACGGUAUUCAAAACACAAUCACGCUGGGGCCAUGCAACAAUAAAACGAGAUGCGUAUGAUGCCCCUGUAUGGAAACAUAGCAAAGGUUACACUCUCUCAAUUGCAAAUCAAAUAUGUUGGUACCCAAAGUGAGGUCUACUCACAAGAAAUACAAUUGUGAAAAAAAAUGAAAGUUCUAUCACCACCUGUUCAAAAGUUAUGGCCAAGAUUCGUUUUUUUUUAAAGUAGGUCAAACUCUUAUGUCAAGUUCAAAGGGUCAAAGUUGUUGGUUUCUAAAGAAAGUUCUGGUCACAAGGAUUUCAUACAUGUAUUUGAAGUUUGAAAACCUAAACUUUAACUGUUCAAAAGUUAAGGCCAAGGUUAAAGUUUUUUCAGUGUAGGUCAAACUCCUAGGUCAAUGUCAAAGAGUCACUGUUGUUAGAUCUUGUCACAAGGAUUGCAUAUGUAAAGUAUGAAAACCCUAGCCCUUACCAUUUAAAAAUUAUGGCUGAGGUAAAGUUUUUUAAAAGUAGGUCAAUUUACAAAGGUCAUGGUCAAAUUCAUUGGAAUUCAAUGAAAGGCCUUAUCACAAAAAAUAUAUGUGAGAAGUAUGAAAGUCUUAGCACCAGCCUUUUAAAAGUUAUGACAAAAGUAAAAGUUUGGUAUAUAUUUGUAAAAGUAGGUCAAACUCCAAAGUCAAGGGGUCAAAUUUGGUAGUACCCAAAGAAAGGUCUUGUCACAAAAAAAUGCAUCUGUGAAAUAAGAAAGCCAUGGCCUGGCCACUUUUUUGUUGUUGUAUACAUUCCCAUGUUUUAGUAGUGCUAGUAAUACUCUAUAAAUUGUAAUUAUAAGUGUAUUACUCUGUAGUGAGAACUAUCUCACUGUGUGUGUUAGAAAAGUUGGAAUUUUUUUACUGCAUGCAUGGUCACUCAGAGAGCUUAAAUAUGCAAGUCACAGAAAAGCAAAAUAGAUUUGAACUUGGAAUGAUUGCAGAAAACCAGUAUUAAUAUGUAUGUAUAAGUAUGUGGAAAAGUAGGAUUUUUUCAUAGAAGAGCAGUGUUGAAUCACAGAAAAGUGAAACUGCAUUUUAAAUCAUGACUUCCAGGACUAGAUAGCUUGGGUUACAUUAUGGAUAAUAGAAAGGUUUAAAGGAAAAUCGAUGAAAGUCAUGUUUACAUAAAUAGCAAAAGCUAUAUGUUUAAUCAUAUUAUGAAUUGGAAACAUCCUCAUGUAAAGCAGGUUAAUUUGUUUAUAGCUGCAGAAUUGUAGCAUUAUGGUUUUAUAUUUAGUCUUAAAUUGACCAUAACACUAUACAAAUCCUAUGUUACAAAUAAUGGUGCAAUUGAUGGCACAGGACUUUGACUGCAUGCACAUGGUUGGAGAGGAAUUAUAAUAUAUCCACUUUCUAACAUUGGUCAAUCAACUAUAUAUAUGAGUACCUUUCACUCCUUAGUUCUUGUUAUAUUCUUUCACCAAUCUGUUGUUUUAUCUACCUACUUACUCUAAAUCUCUAUAGACCUAUAAUCUUUUGUUUUGAUCAAUUUUCUUUUCUUUUUCUGAUGCCAGAAAUUUAAAACAAGUGAAUUUAUUGGUCUGUAGAGAUGACUAUAUAGGGUUUAAGGAGGUGGAUAUGAUAUACAUCUGGUUCAGUUAAUUGGUUAAAGAAUGUGUCUAGAAUUAAAGAUUGAAAAAAGUAUUUGAAUAUCCAAGGCUGGAAAGUGGAGAAAUACAUCCCCAACCAUACGCAGAAAAUCCUGCGCCAUAAAUUUAUUAUAAGAAAAAUUAAUUCUGAUGGUGAAGAUGAAGAACAGCAGAGACUGAUGCAUGUUUAGAAAUGUCCAUAGAUUGAAAUUUGUUUCAACCAUGCUCCCUUUGGGGGGGGGGGGGGUAGCCUCUACCAAAAGGGAUAAAAAAAAAUGUACCCAGAUAUUGAAGAAAUUUAUUGGAAAAAAUCAUUAAAAAAGCAAAUUUUUUUGUCAAAAAUACAAGAGCAAAAUAUCUGUUGUAUAUUAAUAUAUGAAAGCAUCCUCAGAUAGUAGAGAUUCAUUUUUGUUCAAAUCAUGGCUCCUGAUAAUGGAUCUGAUUCACAAUAAAGGUUCAAAUUUUUACAAUCUUUUUUUGCAAUAUCUAUAGUCUUCUGAAGAACAGGGAGCAUUAGCUACAUAACUGAUUAAAAACAUGUCAUUAUGAUAUAAAAUUAUGUUUUAUAAUUCAAGUCUAAGCCAGUUCUAGAAUGGCCCCAAAAGGUUUUAAUGCAGCCUAAAACAGUUUUGAUGCUUAUGUGAUCUUAAGUCCAUUGGGCCUCUAGUUUUGUAAUCUUGUUAAAAGACAUUAAUUAGUGAUGCAUGUAGUAUAUUUGUGUUUUGUUUUAUGUUUGUGGCUUUCAAGGGUAUAUAUAUUUAUUUUUUAUUAGCUGUGAUAUUUGUUGUAUACUCAUGCUUCAUUUGUGUUCCUAUC